GCGCUGCCGGCUCGCCAUGGCGGCGGCGCGGCCGGCGCGGGCCCGGGCCCUGCUGCAGCAGAGCGUCUCCGCCCGCCUGCAGGUGCGGCCGCCCGAGAGCGGCUCCGAGGCGCAGUGGGUGGAGAUCCAGAGAGGGCUUGUUAUCUACAUAUGCUUCUUCAAAGGUGCUGAUGAGGAUCUUGUCCCAAAAAUUGUCGAUACACUGUUGAAUGUUAAAUUAAGUGAAAAUGAAAACGGCGAGUUUGUCUCUGUUCUUGAUUUACCAGGCGACGUACUCAUCAUACCACAAGCUACCCUAGGUGGUAAACCAAAGGGAAGAAGGAUGCAGUACCAUGCAAACAUUGAAAAAGAAAAAGGGUUGGAACUUUAUUCUCAGUUUGUGGCUCUGUGUGAAAAAGAACUGGCUACCAAUGCCAAAUGCUUGGAAGCCGGUGUUCUUGUCAAGCAUGGCACAUAUGGAAACAGGCAGGUGUUAAAACUGGAUACAAAUGGACCUUACACUCACCUGAUUGAAUUUUGAAAAAAAUAAAUUGUAUCCCAA